GGGUCCCCGGUUCUGGAGCCUUCGCGCGUCGCGUGGAACCGCAGGCCGGCCGGGCAACUUGCGCGCGCGCCCCCCGCCGCUUGUUGGCUUCUGGCCGUGCCCGGGGAGCCCCCUCCCCUCCCGCACGCCACUCGUCCGCAAGCCCGCCUCCCGAACACAGCACGCAGCAGCAGCAGCAGCGCGCGCCGACCGACCGAUCGACAUGGCCGCCGGGCGCGGGGGCGGCAGCCUGCCGGAGGACGUUCCCGGCGGCGCCGACCUCUACGCCGUGCUCGGGCUCAGCAGGGAGUGCACCGACGCCGAGCUCAGGGGCGCCUACCGGAGGCUCGCCAUGAUAUGGCACCCGGACCGGUGCUCGGCGUCCGGCAGCUCGGCGCGCGUCGCGGAGGCCAAGGAGCGGUUCCAGGAGAUCCAGGGCGCCUACUCCGUGCUCUCCGACUCCAACAAGCGCUUCCUCUACGACGUCGGCGUCUACGACAGCAAGGACGACGACGCCGACCUGUCGGGGAUGGACGACUUCCUCGGAGAGAUGGCCGACAUGAUGAGCCAGGCCACGCCAACGGAGACCUUCGAGGAGCUGCAGCAGCUGUUCGUGGACAUGUUCCAGGACGACCUGGACCCGGGGCUCUUCGGCGGCCUCCCUCCGGGACGCUCCCAGAGCCCGCCCAGCACCUCCUCGCCGCCGCCGCCGGUGCGGCCUCCUCCUCCCGGGAGGAACAACAAUGCGCAAGCACCGCCGGCACGUCACGGCGGCGCCGACAAGCGGGGCGGCUCGCCGGCGAAGCGGCCGAGGCCCGGGCGAGGCGGCCUGGAACCCGACCUGGGCCUGUCCGGGUUCUGCUUCAUGGUGAGCGAGACGAGGCAGAUGCAGGCGCCGUGGACGACGUGCGAGGUGGGCGGCGGCGGCGGCGGCGGCGGCGACAGGAGGAGCGGCCGGAAGCAGAGGCUGUCGACGAGCCGCGACGUCGCCGGCGACGGGAUGCCGCGCUCUUUCCGGCAGAGCCAGGGCGGCGGUGCAGCGCUGUGGCAAAUGAACGGGCCCGCCGGCCUCAGUUAGAGAGAGGCUCACUGGAGCACUGAUCCCCUCGAUUUCCAUUUUUCUCUCUCUCGCUCGCGUCAGUCGUUGGAGCUCUGCUAGAACAACACUGGAGAAAAGAAAAUUUUGGCUGGCCGCGUUGUCCAACCUGUUCCGAGCCAGCCAGCGCUGUUAAUCUUAAUCCUAUGUGGGCUGACAGAACGUUGAUGGCACAUUGUCACAUUGACACCAUACGCCAUACUGAACUCAA